AUGGGUGUCGAGAACAAGAAGACCAGGACGAAGACGAGGAGGCACACGAGGUAUGAGUUGCCCAUCGCUCUAUUACAUGGACAAUUUAUUUGUGCACUAUGAUAUACUAGGCAGGAGAAUGCCAAUAUUUGAAGUAUGCUAACCACCAUGUUCUAAUAGAGAUCUUGACCAGAUCAAGUCUGACAUGCUGUCGUCCAAGCAUCUUUCACAAUAUCAAGCAACAAAAGCGACAGAGGAUUUGCCAGGCCUGGGAGAGUUCUACUGCGUCGAAUGUGCGAAAUGGUUUGAGGGAGAGAACAGCCAGAGGACGCAUUUGAAGGGCAAGAACCACAAGAGAAGGGUCAAGGCAUUGAAGGACGAGCCAUACUCCCAAAAGGAAGCGGAAGCUGCAGUUGGGUUGCGAACAGACAAUGGACCGCUACGAACGAGCGUGAGCAAGCCACAGACUAUCGAGGUUGAGAUGGCAACAUGAAGAACCGACCCCGCCAUGUUUCGUACCCGGAAGCCGCCUUCUCAUUGCGAUAACAAACUCGACGCCAGCAUUUCCCGUUGAAAAGUCGAGCGGACCACAGCUGCACCACAUAUGGCGCUGCUCUGCAUAAAAGUAUGCCUUUUUAUCGGAAAUAUUGUCUCUGGGGUAUUUCUGGUGUCUCGAUAGUCCUACUUCAUGGUACUUCCUCGAGCCCUUGCCAAACCACUACCACGAGCACCCCGGUACCCACCUCUGGGAAUGCCACCCCUACCGGUUGAUGAUGCUCCACCACGACCAGGCGCGCCAGCUAUUCUUGAGGCUGGAACAGGAGGGGUGUAUUUGGGAGUUGCUUUCGAUGAUGUUGGAGGGUUGUCGACAAAUGAUGUGUCAGUUGUCCUAAUUGUCCACGUCGUUAGUUGUUGAAUCUUUGAAACAGUAGUUUAGAUCAUACAUGAAGGUUGUUUCUCCA